AAAAAGGUAAUGAUUGAAAAGUGGAAUGAGUCUACACGAAGAGGAGUAGAACGAAAAGCUGAAAUCAUUCAGUUGAAGAGAGAGGUGUUAGGUAGUGUGUGAGUAAAACAAACUAAAACGAGAAGAAAGUGAAAAUGAACCUUGAAUCAGUGAAGAGGAAUUUGGAAAAAAGAGAAGGAGAAACAACGUCAACGGUAAAUGGAUUACCUCUGGGAUUCUUGCAACCCUUAAUUAUGAGUUCACUUCGCGUCGAUCUCAUUGAACCUGGCCGUGUAAUCUGUUCUAUGAACAUACCUCCCCGUUUACUCAAUUCCGGCAAUUCCUUACACGGUGGCGCCACCGCUGCACUCGUCGAUGUUGUUGGUUCCGCCGCCAUUCCAGCUUCUGGAUAUUUGGGUCGGAAUACUGGAGUUUCCGUCGAGAUCAAUGUUUCCUACUUGGAUGCUGCCUAUGCCCAUGAGGAGAUUGAGAUCGAGGCCAAGGCCCUGCGUGUAGGGAAGACCCUUGCAACAAUCAGUGUGGAGUUCAGAAAGAAAAAAACAGGGAGGGUUUUUGCCCAGGGACGCCAUACAAAAUAUCUUCCCACUGCUAGUAAAUUGUGAAUAUCAACAAACCAUAACCAAAUAACGUACUCUCAAUCAAGUAUAGUGUAAACCUUUUAAUAUCAAUAUCUCACAAAUAUAUGUAUAUGCCACUUCUGGAUAAGUUUCUGGAGUAUCCCUUAUUUGCUGCAUGUGGAAUGUUUCCUUUUAAUUUCUUCAUAUUAAUGUGAUAAGUGUCGUUAUUGUUGCCAUGCA